CCGGCGAAACGCACAGACUCAAAACAACAACCGGAGUCAUGUUUACACACUAGGCUACAGCAAACACAUGACGUCAUUGUGGCAGUAAUCGUACAGAGACAAGGCAAAAGCGACUAUGGGAUACAACGGGCGUGUUGUGAGCCGUGUGGGGGCGGCACUGGCGGUCUGUGGCGGCCUCAGUGUGGUGUUUGGUAUCGCCGGUGACGCAGCCUUCCCGUGGUCCAUCUGGCACCUUGCCAGCGCGCCGAUCUGGAGCGGGGUCCUGGUGUUCAUAACAGGCUGUCUGGGACUGACGAGCGGGAAGCAGCCAACCAACAAGGGAGCGAUGGCGGGGUUCCUGUCUCUGGCCAUCCUGUCCAUCAUCACCAGCCUGACGCAGUGGAUCCUGUCCGCCCUGGGGCUCGGCGUGGAGAGCUACAGUAACUGCUACUGGCCCGUGGACUACCCCAUACACUGUUGGCGUGACGGCGGCAGCACGGCGAUCCACGCAGUGAACUUGGUGCUGGGCCUUACGGAGUGCGUCCUGAGCUUCGCCUCCUCCAUUCUGUGCUGUGUCGGGCUCUGUACCGUCCCGAGCCAGAAUCCCGGCACGAUGGUGCUGUACCACGCAGCCCCGCCGCAAGGAGGCGCACCAGGACAGGUGGCGUAUUUCACUACUUCAGGACAAGUCGUGUCUUCAGGUGGCCAGGCCGUCCCAGUCCUGAUGGCGGCGCCCGGACAAGCGCCCCCUGGCGUGCAAUACGUCUCCGCAGGACAAGCGCCACCUGGCGUGCAGUACGUCGCCGCUGGACAAGCGCCCCCUGGCGUGCAGUACGUCGCUACUGCAGGGUACGCCCAGCCUUACCCGGCAGCCAUUGCGACAGGAUCAGUGAUGCAACAACAACCGGAAGAUGGUGCGCAUGCGCCCUCCACCCCUGCUGGCGCCCCUCCAACCUACACGGAGAAAGCGCCUCAGUAAAACGUCUCUGUGGGGGGUCGAUGUGACGUCACUGCCGCCAUGUUGGCUGGUUAAACUGGGAGAAGUUAUGACUAUACAUGUACAUGUGUAUACUAAUGUAUACUGAUAAUAAGGUAUGUGUAUCAGGAUGCUGAUGAUAAGGUAUUUGUAGUCCCGGCCUGUGCUUAAGCUUCAGUCCAUGUUUAAGUCAUGUUAUUCGGAUAACAGAAAGGCUCGACACGUUUCAUCUUAUAUCAAAUAUGAUCCACUGUUCAGUAUUUUAUGUAUGCAUCAAACCUACUCAUCAUGCUCAAAUUAUGAUGAAUUUUGCACUCGGGUGAUACGGAAUACACCGUGUUGUAUUCUAUAUGUAUUCAUCGUAAUUCAGGGCAAUACUGCUAUGAUAUACGUAUUGUGCGUUUCCAAACGUCAUCCUACCAUUGCAUUGUGUAGACUCUAGGGUGUACAAAGUUGGAUAUGAUGCAGACAUUUUUCGUUUGAAUCACGUUAAGUUAAAGUUAAAUUCGUCUCCAGCAUAUAAGUAUGAAUUGCUUUUUUAUAUACAAAUGUAUUAUCUAAUCACAUUGAAGUGGCAUACAAAGUCAUACAUGAGAAGAGUCUGGUAAUGUGUUGGAAUAAAUUAAACUGAUCUAGUCUGUAAACUACAAACAGAGAUGUGUUUUUAUGUUCUGUUUCCGAAUGUUGUCAGAUGCGCUGAAUUUUGUAAUAAACGUAUUCAAUCUUA